GCCACGGCCGAGCUCAGUUGUCUCAAGGUUACGGGAUGUGGCGGACGAGGGUAAGGGUGAGUCUGUCAGGGGGCACUUCGACAUGAGUGACUUUGGAUGUGCGCGUGGACGUCUGUGGACUGCGAGGCUGACGGCACUAGCCGUGUGGGCGGCGCUGGGUGUGGCAUGGGCGUCCCCUGUGAGUGAGUUGCGAGCUGAGCACCGAGAGCUGCCGCAGGACAUCCUGUCAGGGCUGCCGGUCGCCUCCCCAGACACAUUCAGCUGGAGUAAACCUGACGGCAGCUACAGGUUUGGCAUGCAAGGCGACGACCAGUGGCGUGUGGAGUCCCGGGACCCUGACGGCAUCGUGCGAGGCCGCUACGUCUACAAGACACCGGAGGGACGACUUGUGGACGUUACCUACGACUCAGGACCCCAAGGUUACCGUGCGAAGGGGGACGCUAUUCCAGGGGGCGCCGCUCCAUUGGACCAGGCACCACUAGAAGACCUUCCCGUGGCUGAGAAUCUCGCCUUCCAGGGACAGGAUCAGGAUCAGCACCAGGAAACUCACGACACCAGGGACGAACUGUUGGUUCCUUAUGGCGCUCUGCUGCUGACGGAGGUUGAGAAGACGCAGCCCAGUGGUGACGGCAUCAUCACUUUUUCAGACGACAGUACCCUAGCCAUCAUCACGGAUAUCCAGCACAACGACACUCCUCAGAGACCCUCGGCAGUGUUCCCUUUGGUAUUCUUGUCGGACUCUUCAGACCAGGUUGUCGGUCCACCACUGGUGAAUGACGAACCUGUCCUUCCUGGAGCCAUUCCCGUGUAGCAACACCCACCAGGCUCCCGCGCCGCCUCCCCGCGCCAGGCUAAGCUUGCAGAUUGAAACGAACUUGAGUUACAUCGAGUGUUAAUCACUUCACCGGGAAUGGCAGCACUGUCUUGUCUUUCGGCAUGGAUGGACAGGUGCUGCGGAGAUGAGAGGUUCACAUCAGGACGCUCCGUCACCACCAUGGCAUCUAUCAAUAUGAUUUAAGCAACUUGAUCCCUCUCCAAACCUGACCUCCAUGAAAAACUGAAAGCGAUGAAAAAAGAUCCAUAAAACCGUUAUAUCUGCUCAGUGAAGCUAAUCAAAGAAUUCAAAUUUUAUUUAACACUAUGAUAUAUUCACAUGCAGCGAGGAACACCAACUGAGUGACAAUGGGCAGUCUUGACACUAUAGAAUUUUCGUCACAUUACGUUUAGUUCUUGUGAAUCAUUUGUUAUAUCUGAGCUUCAGAAACAAGACUAUAUACAAGCCGGCCGUCAUGCUUUUUAAAGAUGGCAGGUACAGUAAGGCUAGACAGGCUAGUACCUCGUGACACCGCCUUGCUGUCAUCCUGUCCACAGGGCCUGACGGGGUCUGGCGGUGCGGCAUCCGCAACUAUGUUACCCAAAGCUUUAAAGGGCAUUUUUCCGUGUUUACCAACCGUGGCAACACGGCGGCCCAGUGUGGGGGGUCCCGUCCUACACGUCUCUGUCUCCUGCUGGAGACCCGCUUGUGUGCUGCUGAUGUGAUGUUUGAAAGAAAGUUUAGAGGCAAA